GGUUUAUUUAUCUUAUAAUAAAAAAUUAUCCAUUUCUCUGGAUUAAUGGCCUUUCCAUCAUUCCAUCAUAUAAGACUUAUAUGAUGGAAUGAUGGAAAGGCCAUUAAUCCAGAGAAAUGCAGGUCCUCCUGAGCAUUCUGGAUAACAGGUCCCAUACCUGUAAUACGUAACACACAAUCUACUGUGUGUUACGUAUAAAUAAAUAAAAUAAUCAAUAAAAAAAAUAAUAAAUCAUACUGAGUAGAUUGAAAAACAACAAUAAUAAUUAAUUUGAUUUAUUAUUUUUUUUUAUUGAUUAUUUUAUUUAUUUAGUACUUACACCUUACUUAAAAUUUAGAAAGAAGGAAAAUGUACAUGGCACACCAUGGGAGGCAGAUUAUCUCCUGCUGUAUACAGGAGAAACAUAAACAUGAUUAAAAUGUGCCUAAUGUUUCCCCCCUGCAGAGCUGUGUUUGAAAACUCAUUGUAAAAAUUAUCCAAUUUGUGAACGACAGUGAAAGUGAUGGAUAAGUUUUUGAAGAGGAAAAAUGCUGACUCUGAACUGGACCCAGAUGAAGGCCCUAGUAUGAGUGGAGGUCAAAAGAAAGCAAAGACGGUGACGUCAAGCAAAGUUUCUGGCACGAGGCAAUACAACGAAAGCUAUCUUUCAUUUGGAUUUACUUUUACAGGAGAUGCAACGACACCGAUUCCGUUGUGCUUGGUAUGUGGUGAAAAGCUCUCCAACAGUGCUAUGGUCCCAAGUAAACUUAAACGCCAUCUCCAAACUAAACACCCUUCACUUCAAAACAAAAAUGUGGAGUAUUUUGUUCACCUGCGUGAACACACGGAGAAACAGGCAACUUUCAUGAGAAAAACCGCAAAGGUAAAUGAGAGAGCCCUUAAAGCUAGCUACCACGUCGCUGAACUUGUGGCUAAAUCAAAAAAGGCCCACACUGUGGCAGAGCAAUUAAUACUUCCUGCCUGCAAAGCCAUUGUAAAUGAGAUGCUCGGACCCGAAGCGGCUAAAGAAAUAGCCAAAAUCCCUCUCUCAGAUAACACGAUUUCCAGACGUAUUGAUGAGAUGUCUGCAGACAUCGAAAGUUUGGUUUUGGACAAGAUCCGUAUCAGUAAUAAAUUUGCGUUGCAACUUGAUGAGUCUACUGAUAUAAGUGGACAUGCUCAACUCUUGGCCAAUGUGCGUUUUGUGGAUGGAGACGCAAUCAGAGAAAACUUUCUAUUUUGCAAGGUUUUGCCAGAAAAAACAACAGGAGAGGAAAUUUUUCGGGUCACAUCAGAAUAUCUGGAAAAAGGAGGACUUAAGUGGGAAAACUGCACGAGUGUCUGCACUGAUGGAGCUGCAGCCAUGGUCGGGCGCACCAAAGGCUUUGUAAGCAGAGUGAAGGAAAAAAAUCCAGAUCUGAUCAUUACGCACUGUUUUUUACACCGCGAAGCCCUCGUAGCCAAGACUUUACCAGCAGACCUCGUUCCUGUGUUGGAUAAUGCUGUGCGCAUGGUAAACUUUGUGAAGUCACGACCUCUGAAAAGUCGCAUAUUUGCGGCUUUGUGUGAGGAAAUGGGAGCGGAGCAUAAAACCUUGCUGUUUCAUACGGAGGUCCGAUGGUUGUCGCGCGGCAAGGUGCUGGCCCGUGUGUAUGAGCUGCGAGAGGAACUUAAAGUGUUUCUGACAAAUGAGCGGUCCGAUUACGCAAAGCUGCUUGCAAGUGAUGAGUGGUGUGCAAGGCUGGCAUACCUGGCAGAUAUUUUUCAUCAUCUGAAUGAGCUGAACACACGAAUGCAAGGCCGAAAUGAAAACCUGCUUACAAGUACAGAUAAAAUAAAUGGAUUCCGUUCAAAGGUGCAACUCUGGCAGCAACAUGUGGAAAGUGGCAAUCUUGAAAUGUUCCCACUCACCGAUAAAUGGAAAGAUGUUAAUACUGCUGUACUGUGUGAGCUAAUAGCUAAACAUUUGAAAACUCUUCAGGAGAAGAUGUCAUUUUAUUUCUCUUCAGCCUCCACGGAGUGCCUUGACUGGGUUAGGGACCCAUUCAGCUCAGCAUCAGCUGUUGGAAAGGACAUGACUUUACAGGAGCAGGAGGAACUAACUGAACUGAGACAAGAUCGUGGUCUCAAGCUAAACUUUGCUGAUCUACCUUUGGACAGUUUUUGGUUGGCAGCUGUCAAGGAGUUCCCCAUGCUGGCCAACAAAGCUAUUUUGACAUUGCUCCCAUUUUCCACAACAUAUCUGUGUGAGGUGAGCUUUUCAAGCCUGACUGCUGUAAAAUCUAAAAACAGAGAAAGACUGAGAGCUGUGGAGGAAGAUCUUCGUUUGUGUCUUUCAUCGAUUCCUGCCAGGAUAUCAGCUCUGUGUUCAUCCAAACAGGCCCAGGGUUCACACUGAGUGAGUAUAAAUAUCAAAGAUUAUAAAAUACUUUUUUCUUUGUGUUUAUUUGAUUCCUAAAUAUAACCGUCAUUCUUCAAUGUUUAAAAAAAGCUUAUAUUAACAAUAGCACUUGUAAUAUUGUUAAUAUAAGCUUUUUUUUCACAUUUUCAGCUGUUGGUGUGCCGCGGGAUUUUUUCAAUGAAAGAAAUGUGCCUUGGCUCAAAAAAGGUUGAAAAACACU